AUGAAAGCAAGUUUAGUGCGGGAAGAAUACACGAAGAUAACCCAACAGGAACUGCCUGCCUGCAAACCAUCCCUAAGCCCUCUAGCGGUGGUCUCGUUGUUCACCAUUAUUGGAGCAGCCUUCAUACCCAUUGGAUAUGCGUGCCUGAGAGCUUCACAGCAGGUGGUGGAGGCGAGUGUGAGGUAUGAUGAUGUGUGCCUGCCGGGAGGCAGCCACAAGGAGCAGGAGCAGACCCUCCUGCAGACGAACGGCUCCGGCAGCGCAUGCACAGUGACGGUGGCGGUGACUCGGCGCAUGUCUGCACCGGUGUUCCUGUACUAUGAGCUGGACGACUUCUACCAAAACCACCGCAGGUAUGUGACCAGCCGCAGCGAUGCGCAGCUGAGGGGAAGCAGCGUGUCAGCAGCCAGCCUGCACAAGUCGUGCGACCCUCAGACGCUGCUCACUGGCUCGACAAACGCUGCCAUCGAGCCCUGUGGCCUCGUGGCAUGGUCCUACUUCAAUGACACGUUCCAGGUGACCCUGGACGGCGCAGCCGUAAUACUGGACGACUCACACAUAGCUUGGAAGACUGAUGUCAACAAGCGCUUCCCGGCUGCACCCGCCGCUUUCGUCAACACUGUUCCGGAGCUGCGAGGAGGGGGCACCAUCAGCGGACCCAUCAAGGCGGACGAGCACUUUGUAGUGUGGAUGCGCACAGCGGCGCUGCGGAACUUCCGCAAACUGUGGGGACGCAUCAACACAGACAUCCCUCCUGGCGCCAAUGUCACCGUGCUCAUUCAGAACAGGUACAAUACGUACCGAUUCGGGGGCAAGAAGAAGGUUGUACUGAGCACUGCCAGCUGGCUGGGGGGCGCUAAUCCGUUUCUGGGCAUCGCCUAUUUUGGUGUGGGGGGCGCCAGCCUGGCAUUUGCGCUGGCAUUUGUCAUGCUGACGUGGUUGACCCCCCGCCAGCCUGGCGACAGUACCCAGCUGUCAUGGAACAAGAAUAGAUGA